AUGUAUUUGAAUAUGCAAGAAAAGGAUAUGCUAGAUGACUUCCCAUUACCUCCUCCGCCUAAUAUUCAGCAACAAGUUAUUGAUAUUCGUUCCGGAGUUGUUCUACAUUCAUCACAAAAUGCAAAACCAGCAAGAUAUAUGGGAUGCUCAGCACACGUUCUACUUAUUCUCAUUUUAUUAGCAAAAUCAGCUUUGUUCUCUGCUUGGCUCUGGCGAGAAUAUGAAAACUUUGGCGUUGGCUGUUCUUUUCUAAUUCAAGGCUUCCACGAUAUUUCCUCUUCAACAGCAGAUCAUCAUCGUCCUAAAAGAUCCAAUGAUAUAGUUGACAUCUUAGAUCCUCGAAUUCAAUCAUUUAAGCCAAAGAACCCUCAAUCCACAGUCAUCACAAUGACAAACACACAGAUUUUACCUGUUGUUGGCGCAGUGAACAAUCCUUUGAAAAUUAAAACGAUACGACAAAGAGUUGAAAACAUACAGCCCUCUGAAGAAGACAUAGAAGAUAACUCAGAAGAAACUGUAAUCUAUAUAUCUCCCAUAGUCAAUAGAUUAAGUGGCUUGCCUGAUCCAUUGAGGAAGAAUCGAAAAGGAAAAGGAAAGGGUAGAAAGACAAGUACAACUACCACAACAGAGGCUCCUGUAACGAAGAAGAAGAAGAAAGAGAGGAAAAACAAGAAAAACAGGAAAAAAAACCGUAAAGACGGUGAUACGGACCAAACUAAGGCUCCAAGACACCUGUUUACCGUCGAUAGUUCUCCGGUGACAACAAUAGGUCCACAAACAACGCAACGACAGCAAUCUGUUCCCAACCAAGGACACAUUCGAAGUUUCAAAAUGCAGAAGGCAAACCAAAAACCAAAAAAACCAAAGGACAACUCUAAUGAUGGAAUUAAGUUAUCGAAGGCAACCCGCUUGAUGUGGGAAAUGGAUGAAUUGAACUUCACAACCUUUGCAACUUCAUCCUUACAUUCUUCUUCCGAUAAGCGAUUAAUAGCUGAUGAUAACCAAGAGAAUAACAUCGAAAUAAUACAGAAAGACCAAAUUGUUGUCUCCUCUCCCCCCUAUAGUGUCGAUCAUUUUACCAAUACAACAUAUAAUAAUCAAUUUGUAACUACAACAACUUCGUCUCCCAUACAACUGCACACCAAGAAGGUACAAGCCAGGCCCAAUACUGUAUACUACGAUGAUGAUGAUUUACAAGUUAUCUUAGUAGAAAACAAAAACCACCACAGUUUAAAAACCACUACUCAACAGCCUGUCGCCAUUUACUAUGAAUCAGUUAAAGCCACGCCACCAUCGUCCGAAUGGUUCUUUACAACUCUGAACGAACUUCAACGUCAUGCUUCGUCAUUUCACACAACUACCCCAAUUCCAACUUUCCCAAGUACCAAAAGACCAAGACCAAUUAAGCAUGGAUUUGACCGAAGCCAAGAUAAAUCCAUUGACGAAGGGUUUAUGGAUUUUCCUUCGGCUAUUGCAAAGCCUCGAGUAAUUGAUGAGAAUCAGUCCAUACCUUUUCAGGAUCAGUUAUCAUCCUUCACCAUAUCGGCUGUUUGUGUAGCUCGUGCUCUGUUUGAUGUUUGGUGUGUUUGUCAGCUUCUAACAGCGUUUCCUUUUUGUUUGGGAAUAUGUUUGGCCCGACGCGCUCUAUUUGUGGCACAUUUGGUGUUGGACAUACUAUUCUUAGUUAUCGGAUUCAUAUUCAGCAUUACAACCAUUGUCUUUUCAAUAAUUCUCUACGUACUCGUAGGAGAAAUGCGCCGCUCAACACUAUUCUAUUGGCUUUUGUUUGCCGUUAUCGUAGAUGUCGUUCUAGUCGCAUAUUCUGCAACCGUCAUAGCACGUCAAGAAUACCCAGAUAAGCCGUGUGCUUGA